CAUGUGCAUACUACUGAAGGUGGCUAACCAGGGGGAGUCCGGGGACCACGCGGGCAGACAUGUUUCGGGCGAUGAAGGCGGCAGCGAUGGCGGCGGUGAUGACGACCGAGGCGAAUUGGCCGGUUAUGCACGCGAGACGCCCUUGAUGCUGCCGACCCAGCAAGCGGCGCAACCGCAGCAGCAGCUCGCGUUCGCCCCAGCUGCGGCGACGCGUCAGCAAGGGGGCGCCUCCUCCGUGCCGCGGCGGCUCGCGCUGGAGCCGCAGAUUUACGAGACGGAGAUGACGGCGAUAGUGUCGGCGCUGAGUCAGGUCGUGUCGGCGGGGCAUCGCGGGAGCGGCGGGCUCGGGGAAGCUUUCGCUCCUGCUGCGGUUCCGUCAUCUUCGGCCUCGUCCUCGGCCUCGUCACCUUUCGCGACUUAUUUACCUUUCGCUCCAUCGCCGGGUCCGUCCAUCUCGGGGGAAUCGGGUUCGGGUACUUGGGCGGGGCAAAAGAGGAGGCGCGAGGAGGAGAGCUCGUCCUCGUCGGGUCAUCAGUUGCUGGAGUCUAUCCCGAGGAGUUGUAGGGUUUAUGGCGAUUUUGGAGGUGGUUCGUCGGAACAAGCUGAGCCCUCUUCUGCUCUCGGUGCCGAAGAAGCCAAGCCAGUUGUAAUGCUGCCUGCCGCGGCCGCCGUCACAGCGGCACCACCGGCGACGCCCACCGAGCAGGCGGCACAGGACGAGAGUGGAGAGAGGAGGAGAAAGUACAGGGGAGUGAGGCAGAGGCCGUGGGGCAAAUGGGCGGCGGAGAUUCGGGACCCGCACAAGGCCGCCCGAGUGUGGCUUGGGACCUUCGACACAGCUGAGGCCGCCGCCCGGGCCUACGACGAAGCUGCCCUCCGCUUCCGUGGGAACCGGGCCAAGCUCAACUUCCCUGAGCUCGCCCGAGUAGCGCAGCCAAUGCCACAAAACUUCGCAGGCCCAGUGGGGGCCGUUCCGAGAGUGGCGGCAGCCCCAUUGCCUCCUCCGCGGCCGCCGCAGCCGCCACUGCUGCCAUCGCGGUCGGCCUACCAACCUGUUCAGGGCACCGAUAUGUUCAGAGAUUAUUGGGAAUAUUCGAGGCUUCUUCAGGGACAACCUUCAAGCUUGUUGGAGCAGAUGCUGUACACUUCCCAGCUUCAAUCGUCCGAAUUCGCAUCCCCAUCGUCAUUCUCGGUCUCCUUCUCCACUCCAUCAUCCUCGUCCUCGCUAUCAUCUUCCUCGCCGAUGCCGCCGCCGCCGCCUCAGCUGCAGCCGCCGUCGUUUUUCGCGCCCUCCGGUUCAGCACCUCCUGCUACUUUUCCUCUGCUUUACUCCGGGCGGCAUCAGCGAGGCAGCCACUCGAUGCAGCUACCGUUGCCGCCGCCGGAGAAUCAAGACCAGGGUGGGCGCGGCGGCUCGGAUUUCCCGCCCCCGCCACCACCAUGGCCCGGUUCGGGCCAACACCCUUCAUCUCCCAGCUCGUGACGGUCCUAAUCAUAUACUGGAUUCUUUGAUUAACAAAAAAGCUAAAAAAAUUUCUUGUCACAGAAUAAUUUUAGGCGAUUGUUUUUAGGCUCCCCUGUUGUAUCUUCUCUCUCUCUCUCUUUUUUUUUUGUCUGUUUUGUUAUCUUUUGCUCCUUGUUCUCAUAGCAGAUUGUAUUGUAAAAGACAGAAAGACAAGGAACGGAUAUAACAGGAGAAUACAAACUAAGAAAAAGGGUAAUGUCGAAAUUAAGGUUGUGAUUU